CCAGUCCCAUCCGUGCUCUGCGGCUCCAUGUCGUCGUCCAGCCUGCUGUUCCGGCUCGCCAGUCCACCCCAUCCGGUGAUGGAUGCCAUUUUCGCGUCCCAGGCCAUGACUGUCAACCGUCAGGUAUUCCGGAAUGGGAAAGACGCCUCCUGCCUGCCCUUCCUCGUCCUUCCGUAUAUCAUGUCGUGCAACGCUCCCUUCCAGACCUCAAGGUGAUAUCCAGCACCAUCGUCUCGUCUUCUAAUCCCCUCACCACAAACCUCCCGCGUUAAUUGUCGCAGGCCUUUGCUUCGGUCUCUGCUUCAGUCUCGCCACUUGUGUUUGUCCUCUCGGAAGACGUCCAAAACAACCCAACCUCCAAAGAAACAACCACCAGCUCGUCCAUAUCAAGACAGAUUAUCCAAUAGGAUAGACCUAACGUGUCCAUCUACACAAGAACCCAGGUAUCCCAGUUAGGUCUCUUUUCUGCUGAUCUGGACAGACACAGUCUCUCAAGUCGAUAUACUCGUUGGCCGUCAUCCAAAACACACAGUCCUCAACACACGGCAGCUUACCCCUGGACUCAAAACCUGACAUCGGACUCAACAUCCGCCAGUCUCAAACUACAACGUGGUCGAGAUGCCUUCCUACAAGAACGAGCCCAUCGCCAUCAUCGGCAGCGGAUGCCGCUUUCCCGGGGACUCUAGCCGGCCCUCCAAGCUGUGGGACUUGCUGUCCGACCCCCGUGAUGUCCUCCGCAAGAUUGACCGCUUCCGCGCCGACAACUGGUACAACCAGGAUGGCCACCACCACGGUGCCAGCAACGUCCUCGAUUCGUACCUCCUGGCCGAGGACACCCGUGUCUUUGAUGCCCAGUUCUUCAGCAUCUCCGCCUCCGAGGCCGAGGCCAUUGACCCCCAGCAGCGCCUGCUGAUGGAGACCGUCUACGAGGCCCUCGAGGCCUCUGGCUCAAGCAUCGAGUCCCUCUCCGGCUCAAACACCGCUGCUUAUGUCGGCGUUAUGUGUGACGACUUCUCCCAGAUUGUCUAUGGUGAUGGCGAGAACGUCCCGACAUAUGCUGCCACCGGCUCUGCCCGCAGUAUCAUCUCCAACCGCAUCUCCUACUUCUUCAACUGGCACGGCCCCUCCAUGACUAUCGACACUGCCUGCUCCUCCUCCCUCAUCGCCGUCCACCAGGCCGUCCAGGUCUUGAGGAGCGGCGAGUGCCCUGUCGCCAUUGCUGCCGGCACCAACCUGAUCUUUGGGCCAACCAUGUACAUCGCCGAGAGCAACCUGAACAUGUUGUCUCCUACCGGCCGUUCCCGCAUGUGGGACGCCGGCGCCGAUGGCUACGCUCGCGGCGAAGGCGUGGGCGCCGUUGUCCUGAAGACGCUCUCUGCUGCACUUCGCGAUGGUGACCACAUUGAGUGCUUGAUCCGCGAGACCGGUAUCAACCAGGACGGUCGUACCCCCGGCAUCACCAUGCCCAGUGCCUCUGCUCAGGGUAUGCUCAUCGCCGACACGUAUGCACGGGCCGGUCUGGAUCCUCUCAAGAAGGAGGACCGGUGCCAGUAUUUCGAGGCCCAUGGCACCGGAACCAAGGCCGGUGACCCCCAGGAAGCUGGCGCUAUAUUCCGUGCAUUCUUCCCCGAAAAGACUGAGGAUGCUGGAGGCUCCGAAGAGGAUGACAACGACGUGCUCUUUGUCGGGUCCAUCAAGACCGUCAUCGGUCAUACCGAAGGCACUGCAGGCAUCGCUGGUCUCCUCAAGGCUUCUCUCGCUAUCCAGAACCGAACCAUUCCGCCCAACAUGCACUUCAUGAGGCUGAACCCCGAUAUUGAGCCAUACUACGGCAACCUCAAGGUCCCUGUCGAGGCCAUCGAGUGGCCGGAGCUCCCAGAAGGCACCCCGCGUCGCGCCUCGGUCAACAGCUUCGGCUUUGGUGGUGCCAAUGCCCAUGCCAUCAUCGAAAGCUACGAUGCGCCGGAGCUGAUUACGAGCGGGACCGACCUCGCCGUCUCGACACCCUUCGUCUUCUCCGCUGCAUCAGAGCGGUCUCUGGUGUCUCUGCUGAACUCUUACCUAUCCUUCUUUAAGGAGAACCCCGACUUUGACGCACGCACUCUGUCCUGGUCCCUCUCCAAGCGCACGGCAUUCAACUUCCGCGCCGCCUUUCCGGCUCUCUCGGUCGAAAGUCUCGCUUCAACAAUCGAGGCCAGGCUUGCAGAGAGCAAAGAGAAGAAAGAGCCCAUCGCGACUCGUGCCAAUGCUAAGACGAGCCGCAAGAUUCUGGGCAUCUUUACCGGUCAGGGUGCCCAGUGGGCGACGAUGGGCCGUGACUUGGUGGCGUCCUCCUUCGCCGCCGAAUCCAUUAUUGAUAAGCUGGAGCAGUCGCUUGCCGAGCUUCCCGAUGCGCCUGAGUGGUCACUCAAGGACGAACUACUCGCGGAUAAGGAAGUCUCGCGCAUCGCGCUCGGUGAGAUCUCACAGCCCCUCUGCACUGCCGUCCAGGUCAUGUUGGUCGACAUGCUCCGCGCCGCCGGCCUCGACUUCAGCGCCGUAGUUGGCCACUCGUCGGGCGAGAUCGCCGCGGCAUACGCUGCAGGUUUCCUGUCCGCUCGCGAUGCUAUCCGCAUAGCCUUCUACCGCGGCAAGUACACAAAGUUCGCCAAGGGUCCCAACGGCAAGAGCGGUGCUAUGAUUGCCGCCGGCACCUCCAUGGAGGACGCGAAUGACCUGUGCGGUCUCCCCAAACUCAACGGCAGAGUGCAGCUGGCCGCCAGCAAUUCUUCUGCCAGUGUCACCAUCUCGGGUGACGAGGAUGCGGUUGACUUUGUGCAGCUCAUCUUCGAGGACGAGUCCAAGUUUGCCCGCAAGUUGAAGGUUGACACUGCCUAUCACUCCAGCCACAUGAAGGCCUGCUCCUCGUACUAUCUCGAAGCCCUUGGCGCCUGUGGUAUCCAGAUCAAGAGCCCUGGCGAGGGGGCCUGCCCGUGGUACUCUUCCGUCUUUGGCGGUGAAAGGGUCACCAUGGCGCACUCGGACCUGCUCAGCAACGCCUACUGGAAGGAUAACAUGCUACAGCCUGUGCUGUUCUCUCAGGCCUUGACUGCCGCUGUCAAAGACAUUGGAACCCCGGGCCUGGCCCUGGAAGUCGGUCCUCACGCUGCUCUGAAAGGUCCUGCCAGCCUUACAAUCGAAGAGGCUGGCGGUGCCGCAGUCCCAUACUUUGGAACGCUGUCUCGAGGCAUCAACGACUCGAUCGCUCUCUCGGGCACCAUCGGCUCUGUGUGGACGGUCCUCGGCACAUCUGCCGUCGACUUCAAGGCAUAUGAUGGGCUCUUCGUCCGGGAUGCCACGUAUACUGUAUCCAAGGACUUGCCCUGCUACGCUUGGGACCACGAGAAGAUCAUCUGGAACGAGACCCGCCUGUCAAAGGCGCACCGUCUCCGUGAAAACCCAACACACGAGCUUCUCGGUGCUCGCGCGACCGACGAGGGCGAGGGCGAGUUCAGGUGGCGUAACUACAUCAAGCCAAAUGAGAUGCCCUGGCUAAAGGGCCAUGCUAUCCAGGGCCAGACCGUCUUUCCUGCCGCGGGCUUCGCGGUCAUGGCGCUCGAAGCAUCCAAGCAGCUCGUGCCUGAUUACGAAAAGACGGUCAGGCUGGUUGAGUUGCUAAACUUUAGCAUCCACAAGGCCUUGUCUUUCAUGGAUGACAACACCGGCGUAGAGACCAUCUACGUCAUGUCGAAUGUCAGCGAGCUCGAGGACUCCAUCACCGCAGACUUCUCCAUCCAUGCCUGCCAGAAUAAGGAGACAGGCGGCUUUGCAUCAAUGGCCAGUGGUCAGAUCCGCUUGACUACGGGUGAACCGUCCCCGGAAGCUCUACCGGAGCGUACCGAGUCCAAGAUCCCCCUCUUGCCCGUCGACACGGAGUUCUUCUACAAGGAACUUGCUAAGCUUGGAUACGGCUACACGGGCAUGUUCAACGGCAUCACCGAGAUGAAGCGCACCGCAGGUCAUGCUUCUGGAGAGAUGACCAUUGCCCGUGACCCUGACUCUGUCAACCACCCUUGGAUUGUGCACCCUGCAACUCUGGACGUUGCUUUCCAGUCCAUCUUCGCUGCUAUCGGGGCCCCUGGUGACGGGCGAUUGUGGACUUUGCACGUCCCAACUCUCAUUAGCCGUAUUGCUGUGAACCCCGACAUCUGCCAGCCUACCUCUGGCCUUGAGAUCCCCAUGCCCUUUGAUGCAACCCUCUCCCUCUCGGAUAAUGGCAUGACCGGCGACGUGGAUAUCUACGCCGAGGACGAAAAGAACGCCGCCAUCUACGUCGAAGGUCUACACGUCACGCCUCUCACACAGCCCACUGCCGCCGACGACAGACAAACCUUCGCGGAGACCCUGUGGGAUAUUGCACAGCCCGACGGUGCCCUGGGCUGGAGUGAGUGGGCUCUCACCGAGGAUGAGUUUGAGGGAGCCGCUCUCUGCGAGCGCAUGUGCUUCUACUAUCUGAACCAGCUGUACCGAGAAAUUACUCCUGAACAGCGCGAGAAGUGUGACUGGCAUCAACUGUGCGUCCUCAACUGGGCAAAGUUCGUCCAUGAGACCGCGCUGGGCGGCAAGCACGCAACCUGCAAGAAAGAGUGGCUGGAUGACACCUGGGCCGAUAUCAAGGAUGACUUUGACCACUGGUCCAGGAUUCACCCUCACUUCCACACACUGGUAUUCAUUGGCGAGAUGCUUGUGCCUUUCGUACGUGGCGAGUUGUCCAUGCUUGAUGAGUUUCGCAAGGACGACAAGUUGAGCGAGUUCUACUUCGGCCACUACGGAUACAAGGAGUACAACAUGUACCUCGGAAAACUCGUCAAACAGAUCUCGCAUCGCCACCACAACAUGAAAAUCCUGGAGAUCGGUGCUGGAACUGGCUCCUCUACCGCCGCUACGCUGGAGUGCCUCGGUGACGGCUUUGCGUCAUACACUUACACCGAUAUCUCAGCGGCUUUCUUCGAGGACGCCAAAGGAAUGUUCAAAUCCUCCGCGGAGAAGAUGAUCUUCAAGACACUGGAUGCCGAGAAAGAUAUCAAGGAGCAAGGCUUCGAAGAGGGCACCUAUGAUCUGAUCAUUGCGGGUAACGUCAUUCAUGCCACAGCCCAUCUGGAGACUACCCUGAAGAACGUCAGAAAGCUGCUCCGGCCUGGCGGAUACCUGUGUCUGCUCGAAGUCACCAACAACAAGCCACUCCGGAUCGGCUUCGGGUUUUGCGGUCUCCCCGGCUGGUGGGCUGGGCGAGAAGAUGGCCGUGUCUACUCCCCCUUGAUUGGCCAGAAGGAUUGGGAUACCGUCCUGCGCAGGAGCGGCUUUUCUGGAGUCGAUACUGCCACCCCUGAGGAGAAAGUUUACAUUGUUCCCUUCAGUGUUAUGGUCUCGCAGGCCGUUGACAAGCAGAUGGACAUGAUCCGAGAGCCCAUGGCUUUCACCGGCAAGACCACCUUCACCGAUAAGCUGCUCAUCCUUGGCGGCCAAAAGGUCCAGACUUCUCGUCUGGUGCGGAGCCUGACUGCUUCUCUUGGGCCCUUCUAUUCUGAGAUUCAGAAUGUAGAGAGCCUCCUCGACAUCGACGAGGAUACCAUCAACGCCCAGCCCACCAUCCUCAGCCUGAUGGAGCUUGAUGAGUUGCUCUUCAAAGACUUCAGCCUGGAAAAGUUUCGAGCGAUCGUCCGCCUGUGUGAUCACUCGCGCAACAUUUUGUGGGUAACUGUCGGCAGUCGUGGCGAGGAGCCCUACAUGAACAUGAUGGUCGGCACAGGUCGCUGCUUGGUUGGUGAGAUGCCCUCACUUCGCCUGCAAUUCCUCAAUUUCGAUGCCAGCGAUAAGCCCAAUACCGAGACCAUUGCCGAGCAUCUUCUGCGCUUGCAGAUCUCAGAUUCAUGGGGCAAAGGCCUCGCAAAGACUUACGAGCCACUCUGGACUCUUGAGCGGGAGAUAUCAUUCGACAACGGCACCAUGCUCAUCCCGCGAUAUCUUCCAGCCACCGACAUCAACACACGCUUGAAUUCCGAGAGGCGGCUGAUCACGAAAGAUGUCUCGCCUUCGAGUUCCGUCAUUGGGAUCAAUAGCUCUGGCACCUCUUACGACCUGCUGGACUGCGUCGCAGCCGAGGUCACAGCUGAUGAGACCAUCACCGUCCAAGUCAGCAAGUCGCUUCUCUGCGCUGUGUCUGUCGCCGGCCUUGGCUGCUUAUACAUUAUCGCCGGAUCCACAGAGACUGGGAAGAAAGUCAUCGCGCUCUCUGAGAAGAACCAAUCGGUCGUGUCUGUACCAGUGGCCUGGGCUGCAGAGCAUGCGGAAGUCAACGAAGAGGCCAUGCUUGUCGCUUCCGCCGCAGCGCUACUGGCGGAUUCUAUACUCUCAAUGAGUCCAAGCAGCCGGUCCAUCCUCGUCCACGAGCCCAACCCCGCAGUUGCCCACGUUCUUAAGCGGAUGUCUGAGGCAUCCGGCAAGAAGGUGACAUUCACUUCCACGCUUGCCAGGCCUUGCCCCGGCGUUAAAUACUUCCACCCUUCGAUCCCCGACCGCGUACUGUCUCAAUCACUUCCCAAAGAUGCUUCCUUCUUCCUCGAUGUCGCCGAGAGCCAGGAGUCUAUGGACGUCGGCGCGCGUAUCAGAAAGUACCUGCCCCUCGGCUGCACGGCUAGGAGUGGCGCGGACUUAUACAGCGCUCGCGCAUUUGUGGCCCAGGUGUAUGAAUCCGAGCUCGUUGAGCAGACCUUGAAGCUUGCCAUGGGACGUGCCCAGACCCUGGUGAAGGGACGGGACAGCCAGCUUUUCACCGAGAGCGUCGCGCUGUCUGACAUAUCGGGCAAAAAUAUCUACCGCCAGGGCCUGCGCAUCGUCGACUGGAAGAGAGACGAGUCAGUAGCCGUGCGUGUCCUUCCUGCUGAGGAGUCUAUCAAAUUCCGCACCGACCGCACAUACUUCAUGAUUGGUCUUACCGGAGAAGUUGGUCUUGCUCUCACACGUUGGAUGGUCGAGCACGGUGCACGUCACCUCGCCCUAUCCUCAAGAAACCCCAAGAUUGACCAGGCGUGGUUGGAACUCGUCGAGGCGGAGGGCGCCAUCGUCAAGACAUACGCCAUGGAUGUCACAUCUCGGGACUCGAUCCGAGCUGUCGUCAAACAGAUCGAGAAGGAAAUGCCGCCAAUUGGUGGGGUUGCCAAUGGUGCCAUGAUCCUGAAGGACAGUCUGUUUGCCAAUCAGAGCCACGAGGUGUUCCUGGAGACUCUGAGACCCAAAGUAGACGGUACUCGAUUCUUGGACGAGAUCUUCACGGACAACGAUCUUGACUUUUUCAUGUGCUUCUCGUCGCUUGCGUCUGUCUCGGGUAAUAUGGGUCAGACUGCGUACGCGGCAGCCAAUGCGUUCAUGUGCUCGCUAAUCGCAGGACGUCGUCAGCGUGGCCUCGUCGGCUCGGUCAUCAACAUGCCCGGUAUUGUGGGUCUGGGGUACCUCAACCGUGACCCAAGCAAGCUCGAGAGACUUCGGUCUGUCGGUUACGCCAACAUCAAUGAAUGGGAGUUCUACCAGUUCUUCUCCGAGGCUGUUAUGGCUGGUCGCCCCGAAUCCGGGCGCAACCCAGAGAUCACGGCCGGGCUGCAGCAGAUCGACAUCGAGAACAAUGACAGCCCUCCCGCGUGGAUCAACAUACCUCGUUUCGCGUGGUUGAGGCUGGUCAAACCCCAGGAGCAGAAUGCCGGUGGGGCAGGCAAGGGCACGGUCAGUGUCAGAAAUAAGUUGAAGGAGUUGACAAAGGAGGAAGAUGUUUACGAGCUUUUGCUUGAUGGACUUCUCAUGACACUGUACCAGAGGCUGAAUAUGGCACCCGAGGAGCAGGGAAUCACUCCCGAGACGACUAUCGUCGAGCUUGGUGUUGACUCGCUCCUCGCUGUCGACAUGCGAACCUGGUUCACCAAAGAGCUCGACCUUGACAUGCCGGUGCUGAAAAUACUGGGCGGCGCCACGGUCUCUGACCUGGUCGAAGACGCCGUCAAGCGUCUAUCCCCAGAUCUCAUACCCAAUGUCGUCAAGGCAGCCCCGAACGAGGCUUCCGACGAAGAGAAGACUAAUGAGGCCGCUCCCGCAUCAGCUACAGCUGAGGCCGACCAGUCCUUUCGUGACCCCAGCCAGGCGACAUCUGCCGUCGAUACGGAAGCGAGUUUGGGGCCCGAAGAUAGCUCGGCUCCUAAUGAGAAUCGCGUGGAUGAUACUUCGGAUCGUUCUGACGCUGGCUCUUGGGUUGCUGUCCAGGCACCUACCGGGCUCGAUGGGACAGCGAGCGAGAGUGAAGCUCCUGAUGAGGCGGCAGCAGCGGAAGAAGAACAGGAGCAAGCUGCGCAGGCGACUGCCGUGCAAGGUCUGCCAGCAGAGACAACAGAGGCAACAGAGGCAACAGCUGUCGAAGAAGUAGCUGAGAGCCCACUUCCAUCACCACUAGAGGAGCCAACUCGGUCCGAGUCUCCUGUCUCCAGCGGUGAUGGCUCGAGUUCCGGUGCUGAGACCCCGGAGACUCACCUGUCGGACGAUGAGAGCGAAGAAGCCAAGCUGCAGGAUGAGGCAAUUGCCAUGGACAAUGACACAGAAACCUCGAAGACUGACUCGGAGCCCAUCAAGGCAUCAGAUGAAGCAGAAGAGGUGAAAGUGGAAAUUCCUGAAACACAGUUGGUAUUUUCCCGGACUACAAAGAUGUCCUAUGCCUCUUCUCGAUUCUGGUUUCUGAUGCGGUAUCUAGAGGACCCAACCACCUUUAAUCUCACCUGUCGACUUCAGUUCACCGGCCGAAUCCGAGAGCCUGACGCCGAGCGGGCCAUCGCCAACUUAGGUCGCCGCCACGAGGCCUUCCGCACGGCCUUCUUCUCCGACCCCAGCCGACUGAACGAGCCUAUGCAAGGAGUUCUUGCAGAGGAUGAUAGCCCUUUGCGGUUGGAGAAACGGCGUAUCACAAGCGAAGACGAGGUUGACAAGGAGACAGAAGAGUUGAUGAAGUAUGUCUUCAGGCUUGAGCGCGGCGAGUCGAUCCGCAUCAAGCUGCUGUCCCUGUCUGACACAACCCACUAUCUCAUCUUUGGGUUCCAUCAUAUUGCGAUCGACGGGUUCUCGUUCAACAUUCUACUUUCAGAGAUCAACAAAAUGUACGAUGGCGAAGCACUGCCGCCGGUAACCUGCCAAUUCAGUGACUUUGCCGAGAGGCAGAGGCGAGCCGUGGAGGAGGGUAAGAUGGACGGCGAAAUGCGGUUUUGGAGAGAAGAGUAUCCUGAUUUCCCAGAGCCGUUGCCGUUGUUCCCGGUAGCUCAUGGAAGCAAGAGGCGUAAUCAAACAAACUACAAUUUCGAGCCAGCCGACUGCGAACUUGAUGCUCGCCUCGUACGACAAAUCAAGAUGCAGUGCAAGCGCCACAAGAUCACGACCUUCCACUUCUUCCUGGCAGUACUCAAGGUCUUCCUGUUCCGCCAUCUCGACACGGACGACCUCGUCAUCGGGGUUGCCGAUGCCAACCGUGCUGACGCCAGUGUAACCGACACCGUCGGCUUCCUGCUGAACCUACUUCCUAUUCGCUUCAAGUCAGCCAAGGGGGAGGUCUUCAAAGACUCCGUCGUCGAGGCGCGCAACAAGGCGUAUUCUGCGCUGGCGAACUCCAAGCUGCCCUUCGAUGUCCUCCUCGAGACUCUGGAUAUACCCCGGUCCGCGAGCCACAGCCCGCUUUUCCAAGUAUUCAUGGACUACCGUCAAAUAAAUGCCGAGCAGCCAAAGCUUCUAGGGGGCGAGGCUGUGGGGACGCACUCGGUGGGACGCAACGGCUACGAUCUGGUUCUUGAUGUCAACGAGGUCGCUGGCACCUCGAUGCACGUCACCUUCAGGAUGCAAAGAUACCUCUACUCCAAGACGGCUACCGAAAUGCUUUUCAACAGCUAUAUGCGUCUUGUCAAAGCAUUCGCCACAAACUUCGACACAAAAGUCGACGAGGUGCCAUUGUGGAGCGCAGAGGCCAUCGAAGACGCCAAGACCCUUGGGCGUGGGCCGGAGUUGGCACCAGAUUGGCCCGAGACUCUUUCUCAUCGCAUCGCGGCGGUGGCAGCUCAACACCCAGACAGCAUUGCAGUCAAUGAUGGGCUUGGUAAUGAUUUGACCUACGCGGCCAUGCAUCAGCGCAUCAACACGGUCAGCCAGGCCCUCACCAAGGCUGGUGUCAAAUCAGGGUCUCGAGUGGCUGUCUUCCAGGAGCCUACCAGUGAAUGGGUGUGCUCUCUGCUCGGGAUCUGGCACGCAGGAGGCACCUACGUUCCCAUGGACUUGCGAAGCUCCCUGUCUCGACUGGCGGCCGUGGCUGUCUCUGCUAAGCCGAUUGCUAUCCUGUGCCACGACGCGACUGAGCAAAUGGUCCCCGAACUCAAGUCGAAGGCGAAAGUAAUCAACGUCUCCCAACUCGCCCCCUGCACCAAUAGCAACGCCAGCAGAGCACGACUCGAGUCAGAAGCGGUCGUUUUAUACACCAGUGGCUCGACUGGCGCGCCGAAAGGCAUCGUCCUGCGCCACUCAGCCUUCAGGAACACCAUAUUUGGCCUGACACGGCAGUACAAUAUCGGCCGGGAGAAGGUACUCCAGCAAAGUGCAUACACGUUCGACUUCUCUCUUGACCAGAUCCUCUGCGGGCUGGUCAAUGGUGGCUCUGUCUACAUCGUCCCCAAGGCCAGUCGAGGUGACCCUGUUGAGAUUGCCAAGAUCAUUCUGAACGAAGGUAUCACCUACACACGGGCGACGCCCUCGGAGUAUACGAGCUGGCUAUCUUAUGGGUCGGAAUAUCUCAGGACGUCCUCGCAGUGGAGGUUCGCCUGGGGUGGUGGUGAAAUCAUGACGAAUUCCCUGCGACAAGGAAUCGAAGAGCUUCGUCUGCCAGGUCUCAAGCUUUACAAUUCAUAUGGCCCUGGAGAGACCAUCACCUGCACGAAGAUGGAGAUACCAUACGAAGGCUCACUCACCCAGAAAACUUCGCCAGAGAUUCCUGUCGGCGCACCGCUUCCAAACUAUUCGGUGUACAUCGUUGACCGCAACCUCGAUCCCGUCCCAGUCGGUGUUUCCGGAGAAAUCAUCAUCGGAGGCCCCAGCGUGGCCAAGGGUUACUUGAACAACGAGAAGUUGAGCAGCAGCAAAUUUCUACCCAAUUAUUUUGCCCCUGCCGAGUUUGCCGCCAAAGACGGGAGAAUGGUCUAUCGCACGGGAGACUUCGGCCGCCUCCGACAAGAUGGAGUUCUCAUGUUCCAAGGACGAAUCAGCGGGGACACCCAGAUCAAACUGCGUGGCAUCCGAAUCGAGCUUGAGGAUAUCGAAAGUUCCAUCGUUCAGGCUGCUUCCGGCGUCAUACACCGGUCUGUCAUCUCCGUCCGUAAUGAGCUCUUGGUGGGACAUGUCGAGUUCGCCCCGGGCGCUGAACCCGAGGAUGGCAGUCGGUUCCUGCGUGACCUCCGGUACAAACUGCCCCUGCCACUCUACAUGAUCCCAAACAUGCUUAUCCCCCUGAGUUCGAUCCCGCUCAACGCUCAUGGCAAGACAGACCGUCGGGCCGUCGGCGAUAUGCCACUACCGACUGCCUCGGGCGACAAGAUGACUUUCACUCUGACUGAGACGGAGGCGGCUCUCAAGUCUCUCUGGAGCGAGAUCGUGCCCAAGGACAUCAUCAAUCUGGUCUCGAUCAGCGACAUGACCAGCUUUUUCGAGGCUGGCGGCAAUUCAUUGCUGCUUGUGAAACUGCAAAUCAUGAUCCGCACGCGCUUCGCCGCCGCCUUAUCGCUGGUGGAAUUGUUUGAGAACAACACGCUUGGUGCCAUGGCUGCGAAGAUCACUUCGUCGGACAAGGUGGAUCAGACCAUUGACUGGGAAGACGAGAUUGCCAUCGACCAGGACCUUCUUGAUCAGGUGGAUGACAGCAUCAAACUUGCGCCUAGAAAGGCUGGCAACGGCGCGACAAUAUUGAUGACGGGCACAACCGGAUUCUUGGGCAAGCAUAUCCUGAACAGCCUGGCUGCGGAUGAUCGUGUCGCUCGGAUCCACUGUGUUGCCGUGCGAGACAAACCCACCCGUGCUGCACCUUGCGGCCCCAAGAUUGUGGUCCACCCAGGCGAGAUGUCGGAGCCUCUCUUCGGAAUGCCUGAGGCCGACUUCAAGCAGCUUGCCGAGGAGGUCGAUAUAAUAGUGCACAGCGGUGCCAAUCGGUCUUUCUUUGAUUAUUUCCAGCUCCUGAAGGGCUCCAACUACACUUCCACGCGCAGCAUCGUACGACUCGCAGCGUCGCGCAAGAUACCGGUGCACUUCAUAUCCUCUGGUGGCGUCCUUAACCUCGAUGCCGAUGAACAAGGGAACAACGAUGCAACGACCCACGACGCGACGCCUGUUGUGGCGCACCCUCCGGAGGAUGGGUCCGAAGGCUACGUAUCCUCCAAGUGGGCCAGCGAGAAGCACCUCGAGAAAGCAUCGUCCCAGCUCGGGAUCCCCGUCACCAUCCACCGCGUUGUCCCUGCUGGAAAGGACGCCGAGCCGACGGAAGCCAUGUUUGAGGACCUGGUUGGCCAGUUCAAGGAGAUCACCAAGAAGUUACAACUCCUUCCAUCGCAAUCAGGCUGGGAGGGCGCCUUUGACCUCAUCCAGGUGGAAAUCCUGUCUCAACGCAUCGCCAGUGCCAGUAUUGACUCCGUACCCUCUGAUCAGAGAUCAGAUGACAACUCAGCAAACUAUGUUCACCACCGCUGCGAGAUGAGGGUCGAGAUGGCGGACGUACUUCCUAUGGUCGAGCAGUCCGGCUACAAGGAUCAAUUUGGUACGCUGCCGGCCCACAAGUGGAUUGGACGCGCCAAACUGGAAGGCUUGAGAUGGCACAUUGCGAGCCAGGAUAGCGCCGUUGUGGGCGACGAGGAUGCGGGAGAGAUGGUUGUGGUCAGAAGGUAGUCAGCCACCCGUCUUUUUUACUACACGACCUUUCUUGGUCCGAGUGGUGAGGGUGGGUGGGCUGUAUCUUUCUUUCCAAGUCAGGCAGGGUAGUCCAGUUGGUUAAUGAGGUGGUAUCGGGGAUGUUCCUGAAGUGACACGGAGCAGGUGCCUGGCUGGAUCGUAUUUGCUUUGAAAGCGUGGCGUUGUGGCGUCAGGAUGUGGCUAAGGGUGGAUCAGGGCCCAGUUAUUGUAAUGGUUUUUCCCAUCUGGCAACGGGUCCAGGAAUUCCCCCUUUUUUGAUUUUCUCAAGAAAGAUCGCUUUCCUUUGUGUUUCCUUAACGAAUACGAGCCUCUGAAUUAUCUAGAUAGACUUGCUGUUUAUUUCAUCAAUGACCGAAG